AACAACUCUGCUAACGACAGACUUUCCAGAAGAGUUGCACGUUGGACGAACGAAACCAACCGCUACCGCCACCUUUUGUUUUCAUUUAGCUGCCGAGUUUCCUGUCAGGAGUAUUUCGGAAGUUGGUGAAAGGUAGCGCCCUGUGUUCGAGAGCGCUGCCUUCUCCCGCCCGCGCUAAUCGAUUCCGUAUGAUGAUGGCGGAAGCCUGGAUCCAGGAGGAAGAGGAGGAGGUGCGAGGGGCGAGCGACAGGGACCCCGGUUCCAGACACCACUCGGCGGCUGCCAGGCGGACCGGCGCCUCCUCAGCAGAUCGUUCUGAUAGAAAUAAACCAGACCAGUCAUCCCGCAAUUCUAGCCAUGGACCAUUAUCUUCAAUAAGAGCAGCUAUCAAAAGAACAUCAAGUCGCACAUCAUCACAGAGUGAAUUGCGGAGAGAAAGGAGGCGCCCAGCCAUUACAGUCUUAUCUGCAGAGCCCAUCGGACCAAGCCCUUGGUAUCCUGGUGUCCCAGGGAACUGUGUAGCUCCUAUUGGAGUGGGAGCUUCAUAUCCUCGGACUCUCUGGAGAAUCGAUGAGCCUACUGCAGCAGAACCUCCGCCGUCGUAUGAGCAGGUGAUCCGAGAAAUCAGCCAGCAGCCUGUGCCCACACCACCUGCCCUCAGGCAUUCAACUGCUACCAUAUCAACACAGACUGAAUUUGACCAGGACACUGAAGAUCUAGAGACAAGGAGUGCUGAUGCUGAUUUUGCAUGUUUGAGAGAGACUCCUCCAGUGACAGUUCCAGUGAAACCUUCCAGGUCUGCUGUAUGCCUCAUUCCCAUUAGGCUGGAGGAAAAUGAAGCACCUUUGAUUUCAAUAGAAAGUGAUACAAGCAGGGAACAAAGUGUCCAAACAAACACUAAUGUUGCGGAGCGCCCCAUACCAAGGCCCAGGUCCUUAGGUAACUUUAAGGUACUUUUUCAAGAAUUGCAACUUGGACCUUCUGAGGAAGAAAGCAAAGGAAGUUUCUCUGAAGUCAGUUUUGUGGAAAACUGUCAAAUUCCAAUUGCCAAAGAUAAUUUUACUAGCCAAGACACAAUGGAAGAUAGCAGUGGACAGGGCAUCCUAUCCAGGAUAAAGGCAUUCGAAACACAAACAAACUCUGAAAGUUUUGCCAGUAACGCACAGCCAUCAAAAAGGCCAGAGGUUGCUCCACGAACUUUGGUGCCAAAGCCUGCGGUGGGCCAGGGGAGACCAACUAUAGCUCCGAAACCACCUAUGGUUGACAAGAUUUCUGGAGAAUCCAAUAAUGGGGUUGAAGCUAAACCUGUAGCAGCAGAGAGACAGGGGCCUAUCGUGCUUCCAAAGCCACAAAUAGGGAGCACAGCUGUUGGACCCAAGCCAGAACCACCCAAAAAGCCGAAGUCCAGUAUCUCUAUGGAAUCAAAGCAGAAUGAUCAAACUUGCAGCAUUUUAGAUAUUCAGGAGGAGGAACUUUCAAAUCCUGUGACUACCCAAAGAGAAAGACCUGCAGUUUGGAGAAAUCAAAUGCCUAUACCAGCACCAAGGCCAACAAUGGCAAAAAGGACCACUCCUGCUGAAAAUCGUAUUGCACCUUCUACAAUAACUAAGCCGCCUAUAACUAGACCUUCUGUGCUACCCAUAACAAAGACCUCAGUGGUGGACACUGAAGGAUCUUCAACCAACAAACAUUCGCCACCUUUACAGAUAUCCUCAAAAAGUACACAAGAUCUGAUAAGUUUUGAUGAUGAUGUGAUACCUGCUGUUCCAACAGGAGAUAAUGUGACCUCUCUAGUGACAGUAGAUCCUUUUCAAACUUUGCCGAGAGGCCAGGCGCCCCCCACGGAUGUUAUACCCAAUCGGCCACCUUUAUUGCGUAAACCAACAGUAAUCCGCAUACCUAACAAACCAAGUAAAACGUCUUCAGAUGACAUUGCAAGUCCUCCCCCACUCCCUGCUGAGACUCCUGUAGGAAACUUCAUUGCAGAAAGACCUAAAGCAGUAGCUAUGGAGAAUUGUGAUUUGCCACGACCAGUUGCAAGCCAGCCUUUGGCAAGAAAUAUAAAAGUUCCUCCAGCACGUCCUGCCCCAGCCAAAGCUGGUCCUGCUCGACCUCCUCCACCAAAGGUGUCUGCUGCACCUAACCAGUUCCGUCGUUUUUCAUCUGAACAGAAAAUAAAUAGCACUGUGGGAAAACGAAGCCCAUCUACUACAGGGAAGACCCGUCCAAAAAGUCAAGUGUUUCAAAAGAAAGGGCCUGAGCUUCCUCCUCGACCAGCUCCCGGACACCCACUCUAUAAUAAGUACAUGUUGCCUGUGCCUCAUGGGAUUGCAGAAUGUAACAUCAGCUCCAAGGUCCCAGGAGAACUGUCUUUCCAGCGAGGUGAGGUCCUGGUUCUUAAGCAACGCAUUGACCAAUCAUUCCAUUGCCAAAAGGGGCUUGAUACUGGCAAAGUUGCAUCGUCUCAUUUGAAGAUAAUUACUCCACUGGAUGAGGAGGAGGUAAAAGGAACUGGCAAGAAAUCCUUCACUUCUGAUCUGCAAUUUGGAGACAGCAGUGCUCCCCGUGCCUUGGUGCUGCAUGACUUCACAGCAGAUCAAAAUGAUGAAUUGAAUCUGAAGGCAGGAGACACAGUAUACUUGCUGAAGAAGUUGGACAAAGAUUGGUUUAGUGGGAAGUGCAAAGGACAUACUGGGAUUUUUCCAGCUAACUUUGUCAAAGUUAUUGUUGAUCUACCUGUUGGUGAUUCGCAGGACACCAGUGUGAAGAAAGAUUUGUUUAAGUCAGCUUCACUUACCAAGGGACCUCAAUGUGUGGCUCGGUUUGACUUCGAAGGAGACCAGCCUGAUGAACUCACUUUCUUUGAAGGUGAUGUUAUUGCACUAAAAGAAUAUGUGAGCGAGGAAUGGGCUCGAGGAGAACUGAAAGGUCGUACGGGAAUUUUCCCUCUGAAUUUUGUAGACCUUAUUGAGAACCUACCAACCUCUGAGCAGAAGACUAUCCAGAAUUCACCUCUAUCUCCAGGUUCUAACAGACCAACGGGUGUUAGACCAAUAGAGACUUCCACAUCUAAUCAGGUUGGAGACUUGGACUUGCAGUGGUGUGAAGCACUUUAUGAUUUCAAAGCAGAAGCUGCUGAUGAUUUACCAUUUAAACGUGGGGAUCGAAUUCUCAUCUUGGAGCAGAUAGACUCUGAAUGGUGCAAGGGGAAACUUAAUGGGCUCGAGGGAAUUUUCCCAUCUGCAUUUGUUCGAUUUUGCUCAGGAACAACUGGCCCUGUAAAACAACAAUCCUCUGGGAAUAAAAGAGGAAUGGCCAAGGCACUGUAUAACUUUGUAGGGGAGAAUGAAGAUGAGCUUAAUUUUAAGGUUGGUGAUACAAUAAUCCUACUGGAAUCCAUAGAUGCUGACUGGCUGAAAGGGGAACUACAUGGAAAAGAGGGAAUAUUUCCCAGGAACUUUGUUCAGGUUCUAAAAGACCCAUUGUGAAAUUCCCUUGCUGAGACUGAACAAUGAAUGUCUGGAGGACUGAACUCUGUCAAUCAUUUAUUUGUACCAAAGGAACACAAGGCACGUGGACUAUGGGACAUGAAAGAUUGAAACAAAUUUAGUUGCUGUUAUCGAAAUAAUUAACCAAAUGUUCAAUUACCUGUGAACUGAGAUGCACUGCAGUCACUUGAAGCAGUGGGUGGAUUGGUGGUCAGGAUUUGUACUCUCAACACUAUACUACAGAUUAUAAUUUUACUCCAUGACAUUUAUACAUUAGUGUGAAAUAGAUUCCAGUAUUGAAUGAAGAACACAAUCAUGAUAUAAUUACAAUGAAAAGUUACUCACUGAUGCCAACAUGUGCAAGUACUGACAGUGAAUGGGCUGGUUUUCCCAUUCUAGCUGUCAUCUUUAACUUGCAUAUAAAUUGCAAACACUUUUUAAUGUAAUGUCAGUAAAAAUGCAUUAUUGCAUGUUUUUUCUUAUCUUUUGAUUGCAAUUUUUAAAUGUAACAUGGUUUAUAUUAAAAAAAAUUAAAAUCGGCCUUCAAGAUUUGCCUAUAGUAUUAUUCAGCAGUAACUGGGCAUUGGCAGAAACAAAUUAUUUUGGUGUGGAUUCUUCACCGGCGAUGUUUCUAGGUAUUGCUUUGUGAUAAACUUUUCAAUAAACAAUAUUUA